GCAUACAUAAGGUAUUGAUCUCGGCGAUUUCACCAAGGCCAAAUUCGUGAAUCGUUGUCGUCACCUCUGCCGACGUUUCAAUGCAUCGAUAACGAAAUAUUGACGCUAACACAAGACACUCCAUACGCGUCUCACCCACUUUAACACGUACAGCGCCCACGCGCACCCACGUCACGUAACGUAGGUACCUGCAGCAGUCACUGCUGCGCCAUGGGUCAGCCGUUGUACUUGUCGCUGUUGGCCACUACAGUCUGCCUGGCCACUUUGUUGGCCACAUGUCCCGUGUCGACCGCAGGUUGGCCGGUUGACAGCAGUUUUUACGACGAGAUCAAGCGCGUAGUGUACGGUAGUGAUGGCGAUAACGUCGACGAAUCUGGGGCAACUGCAGUCACUGAAUCAUCGCCACUACCGCCACUUUCGUUGCCAUCGUCAUCACAGACACAGGACAUAAACAGGCCCGUAGAGGUAGAAGGAUGGCCAAGAAGUCCGAUACCUCGUCUAGGACAAGUGAGUGGUGUGGCAAUAAACACGGUCGGACAGCCUGUGAUUUUUCAUCGGGGAAGCCGUGUCUGGGACGAGAACUCGUUCAACGAAACAUACCACUACCAACAUGUAGAGGAAGGUCCCAUUUUAACAAACGCCAUUGUCACUCUGAGUCCGAAAACUGGUGAGGUUUUAUCCAGCUGGGGAGCAGGUUUCUUCUACAUGCCUCACGGCAUCACAAUAGAUCAUCAAGGGAACGUAUGGGUCACAGAUGUGGCUAUGCAUCAAGUGUUUAAGUUUUCGCCCGGAGCGCCCAGAGCGUCAUUAACCUUUGGCAAGAGAUUCGAGAACGGCAAAGGAUACAGGACAUUGUGUCAACCUACUUCUGUGGCCAUUGCUUCGACCGGUGACAUUUUCAUUGCAGACGGAUACUGCAACUCUAGAGUUUUAAAGUUUUCUAGCAGAGGAGAGUUGCUACGAGUUUUUCCACACGCCAACGAAUUCUUAAGCCUUCAAGUACCACACAGUUUGGCGUUACUUGAACAACAUGACCUCAUCUGUAUUGCUGACCGCGAAGAUAUGAGAGUCGUGUGCAGGGGCGCCGAACUUUCGUCUGAAAGCAAAGAACAGGCUCCGUUGACGAUUCAACAACCAGAUUUGGGACGGGUGUUCGCGAUAACCAAUCACGGCGACCUGAUUUACGCCGUAAACGGACCUACGUCACCUCUGAUACCGGUACGAGGAUUUACCAUAAACCCUAUGACCGAGAACAUUGUUGAUCACUGGACACUAUCGAAAAAUGCAGCUAUCAAAGUGCCUCAUGACAUAGCAAUUUCGAAAGACGGAUCGUCGUUGUACGUAGCUUCUAUUAAUCCAAACCGCAUAGUGAAAUACACGAUGCAAUCAGUUACUCCAUUGAAAUCCGAAUAAUUCUCAACAACUCAAGAUAUUCUACACAUAAAACUACACAAUAACAAUUUAUUUUAUUCCAUAGAAUUAGGACACAAUAUAUUCAUUAUUCGAUUAUUUUUUAAUCAAUGUAUAUUGAAUGAUCCAUUAAAUUAACGAUUGAACAAUAAUUAAUUUAAUAAAAUUAAGUAUAUUGUUACAAGUAGACAGUAGAAUAUAUUUUCCUAAAUUCUGUUCGGUUUACUUUUAAUAAAUAUAUAACAUACAAAAUAGGUAAACAAUACAUAGUAUGUGAUUACGCGAGUAUGGAAGUAUAUCAUGUACCUAAGUACCAUUAGUACCAAUUACUUAUAAUGAUAUACUAAAUAGGUUGGGGAUAAAACUAUAUUUUAAUGCCAAUAUUAUUAUGCUGCAGCUUGCAGUCAUGCGUGACUUUUGAAUGUUGUCAGUCGCCUAGCUGCUUUCGUAUUUCAUAUCUAUCAAAAUUUAAUAAUUUAUAAAGUAAAUAUAAUAAAGUACAAAACUCUACCUACCAAUAUGACUAUACAAAUACGUACCUAUUAUAUUAAAUAGUGUUGUUUAAUAUUUAUUCUUUAAAGCAUUAUACAUAAGUAAAUAUGAACAGUGGUGUAGCCAGGUGUUGACCCCCCCUCCCAAUGAUUUCUAUUUAAUUAUUUUUAUUAUUUACCUAGUAAAUUAGCGAUCGAAUGACCUUUUUUUUUUUUUUGACCCACUAGAUUUUUGAUUUUCUAAAAAGUGGCCCUGGAGUAAUUUUGAAUUGUCCGUCCCUGGUAUAUAGCUAAAUCGUAACCCCCCCCCCCCCCCCUC